AUGUUCAAUCAGACUGUGCAAAAAUCUAGAACUUACCGCACCCCCUUUACACAUCCUUCCCUCGAUCAAGUUUUCAGUUGGAUGUCUUCACGAGCUAGUUGUGGGCCAGUUGAGAUGGAGCUACCUCCUCGACGUAUUCUAAACGCAGCGUCCUGGGAAGAGCAGUCUGAGUUGAGAGGAUCUCAAUGGCAGGGUUCUAGAGCGGACAAUCAAGGUAAAGGACACCGACCCAGGCUUCCCCUCACGUGGCUUACACUAUCGGGAGACAUGGUAUCCACCGUGGGCACAGAAAAUGGUUGCUGGUUACAAAACGUGGAGGACGAUGUCACAGGCAAACAUGGAAUGGGGAAAACGACAGCGGAGUGA